UCGGGCACCCGAUGUCCACAUGCGCAAGAUAUUAUUUUUAAGACUUUAUGAUCAGAACAUAUAUACGACGUACGAUGUGAUGUGUUAAUAACAAAAAGAAUCCAUUUGUAACCAGUGCAAAAAUUACAAUGGAACAGAACGGUAAUGACGCGGCCGGUUACUCGAAAUUGGGAAAAUGUAAACGCGAAAACGAUUUUCACGUCAAAAACGGUUUCACCAGCAUGAAUCUUUCGCCGCCAACCGAUACGUACAAUAUGGUUUAUUUAUCUUUUGUAUUGGGAGGAGCUGGAUUUUUGUUUCCAUAUAAUAGUUUUAUUAUGGCAAUGGAUUAUUUUAAAAUUCGCUACCCUGGAACCCCAGUUGUUUUCGAUAUGUCUCUAGUCUACAUAGUUGUCGCUUUCUUAACUGUCGUAGCAAAUAAUUUGCUGGUGGAAAUAUGCAGCCUCAACACUCGCAUUAAUUUCGGCUACGUCAUGUCAUUUAUAACAUUAACUUUUGUGGUAACGUGCGAGGUUUGGUGGGAGGCUUUCGGCACUUCCACAUCAUACACCAUCAAUUUAGCCGCUGUUGCUGUCGUUGCAAUUGGUUGUACAGUGCAACAAUCAAGUUUUUAUGGGUAUACAAGUAUGUUACCAUCAAGGUAUACUCAAGCCGUUAUGGUUGGAGAGAGUGCUUCUGGUGUUUUUACAUCUUCCGUUCGAGUUUUAACGAAAUUUGUUAUAUCAGAGAUCCGGGGAAGUACAAUUUACUUCUUUAGCGUGUCGAUUACGUCCGUGGCGACGUGUUUUGCAAUGUACCAUUUGGUGAGGAGGAGCGAUUUUAUCCAAUUUUAUAUCACAUUGUGCGAGAGAGCGAAGACUAGAAUUACUUUAGAGCCGACAGAAGACGCUGGGCUGAUUGAAACUACUGAUGCUCAAUAUGGAGUUUUAAAAAUACAAAAUAGCCCACCGACAAGUACCACUUUGAGCUUUGCUAAUCCAGCUUACGAACCGUCCGUUCCAGCUCCAACUUAUAAAGUUGAAGAUGUUGUAAUUCGAGGGAGAAGUAGUGUUAGUGCUGGUGGGGGAUUUACCGGAAUAAAACGUGGUCUUUUAGCACGUUGGGAAAUAACAAAAGCAAUAUACCCCUAUAUGAUUUCAAUAUGUUUGGUAUAUUUUGCCACAUUGUGUCUUUAUCCAGGCAUAGCAUCUGAAAUUUGGAGUUGCAAUUUAAGAUCUUGGAUGCCAAUCCUGAUGAUGGCGAUUUUUAACGGAGCCGAUCUUUUAGGAAAAAUGCUUGCAGCUUCAUCAUGGCAUUGGACUGGAUCUCGUCUUGUAAGAUGUUCCGUAGCUAGAUUAAUCAUGAUCCCGUUAAUGUUAAUGUGCGUGAUACCCAAAGCAAAUCCUUUACUAUCAGCAGAAAUUUUUGCUUUUGUAUUCGCUCUUAUUUUGGGAUUGAGUAACGGUGUGUUGGGGAGCGUUCCAAUGAUUCAAGCACCAAGUAAAGUUGAUGAUAGACAUCGAGAAUUAACUGGGAAUAUGAUGACUUUGCUUUAUAACUUUGGAUUAACAACAGGAUCUUUAAUGGCUUAUAGCUUAGAAUCUUUAACAGGGCCUGCAGAUUUCGAUCCUUGUACAAUGAGAUUACCCACCGAAUCAUUACAUCCUCAAAACGUAAUUAAUACAACUAUAUUUCCAACAACGAUAACAUACUCAACUUUAUUAUCAACUUUAACGAAUACAUCUACGGAAUUUAGCCAAUAAAUUUAUAUCAAUAAUUGUAAAUAAUGUACUAAUAUAUCAUUUUAAUAUUAAAUUUAAAUUUAACUUUAAAAAUUCGUUAUAAAUAAACUUAUUCGUUGGAUAUUGAUUAAUGUUAUCUAUUGCUUUGUUAGAUUUCAAAAUAAAAAAAACUAUAUCGAUCAAAUAAAACGUACACCUCAAGUGA